AUGAUCGCCAAAGAUCUCCUACAUCCUACUCUUGCUGAAGAAAAGCGUAAAUGCAAGCUUAAACGCUUGGUUCCCUUUCCAAACUCCUAUUUUAUGGACGUUAAAUGCCCAGGAUGUCUUUAUAUCCAAGUUGUUUUCAGCCACGCUUCAACCCCUGUCCACUGUCCUGGUUGUGAUAGAAUUCUUUGCUAUCCUACUGGCGGAAAGGCUAAAUUAGCUGUUGGUAAGCUGUCAAUUUUUAACUGUCUGCUUUUCUAG